UGAAACAUUGUUAGAGGAUCGGACGUCAGCGCCAUCAAGCGAAUUUAAUUAUCUUGCGAGGUCCAUCAUGAAGUCUCUCCAGCCAAUUCCAGACGACAACGAUGACAUUUUUGGCCCUCCAAGAACUUACCCCAACGGUUUCACCCCUCCGAAAAACCGUCCGUCGAUGAUAUCUGCCAAGUACCGACAGAAAGAAGAACGUCGAAAAGUUUUGAAGAUCAGCAUGAACAAGCUCAAAAAAAUUGAGGAUCCAGAGGCCAGCUUGAGGAGAUCGGUGCUCAUCAACAACACCAUGAAGAGACUGCAGCAAGAAGCUAAGGAAGAGAAGAUCCAGAAGCAGCAGUUGAACUACCCGAGAAUCUACGAUAGUGAUAAUUUGGUAAACCUCAAGAACGAGUUUAUUAAGAACGAAGUUAAGUCCAACGAACACAAAGUGUCGAGCAAAGUGAUCGAGUUUCUCGAGAACGAUUUCGAUAAAAAACUGGCUGAAGAAAUUGAAACUGUCAAAGCUAACAGUAUGGAAGUCCUUCAAACCCUUGACGAAAGCAUGAAGGAUCUGGGCAAUCCACUUUCGAGCUCCACCGAUGAUGUCACCAACAGAAAACGAUCGUUUGAUGAAAUAGACGAUUGUGAUGUCCAAGACGUGCUGUCGCAGUUCUACAUACCCCCCACCCCUAGGAUGUUAACUUGCAUAGACGAUGAUGAUGAAAUAUGUGUGGUUAACGAUGAACCUAGUGCAAAACGUCCUAAAAUAGACAGUGACCAAAGCUCUUGUUACCCCAAAAAUGCCUACAGUGAAGUAAACGUAGAUUUCAAGCCGUGUCCAGACUUUGCAUCGAGUAGUUUUAACAACAACAAUGACUCUAGGUUAAGGUUCAACAAUCAAAACGAAGACCAUAGUUUUAGUUGUGGACAGGCCUCCAUGUUCAACGAAUUGCAGAACAAUGUUUAUCACAAUCUGAUCGCUUCUUUGGAGACAUAGCAUGAAGUUUUUUGGCAAUAAGAUAUACCCAAGAACUCCAGUUUGUGAUAAUCUCUUUCUUUACAUUGCAAAAGAAAGAACUACCGAAUUUAGUUUAUGACCACUAUAGUCUUGUAAAUUAUUUUAUGUUAUUAUAUUCACUGAGCAUUAUGUACAUUAAUUUUUUUUAUGAAUUUAUUAUAUGAGUAGGAAUUUGAAGGUGCUUUCACCUUUAUACGGAUCUUUUGAACGUACAAACGCAUCCCUUAAUGCAAUACGAGUCAUCCAGCAUUAUCCGUAAAUUUUGUUGAUGUACUUAUAAAAUGAUAUUUCGCUUUUGUUUUAUCUAUUUGUUCGUUAGCAAAUUGUUCAAAUUUAUUUAGUCAUGUACAAAGAUGUUUCUGAUUACAGUUUUGUUUCUUUAUUCCAUGAGACUUGAUAAUGCAAAUCAAAAUCUAGGAUUGUUCAAAAAUAUAUAGGGAAUAUGUUGAAGUACCGAAAAUGCUUGAGUGACAAUUUUUCUAAAGUUUGAUUUGUUUCGAUUAUGUUAUUUCCAUCCGUUUCUUCUUAAUAAGUCAGUUCUCCUUGGUCGAAUUUUCGAUAUUGUGAAAUAUUGAAGUUAGAUCUCAUGUUAGAAUUUAAUGACCAAUAUAAAGAAAUAUGUUGAAUCGAGCUCGGCCAAGGGGAGACAAAUUUAGCUGUGAUAUUAAAUAAAUGAACAUAUUUAAACAUAGAUCAAUUCAUUAUAUAGGAAAGCCUAUUGUAGAGUGAGGAGCACUUAUUAGUUGUACAAAAUGAUAUUCAUUCCAAUAAAUCUUCUCAUUCUUUUAUUGAAAUAUUUUGGAAGUAAUAAGUGACUGUAACAUCACUGUAUAUGACAAGGAGAAAUUUUAUACCAAUAUUCAAUCAUGAAAGUAAAUAAACGUUGUUCAGUAUAAA